GGAGGAUGAUGAGAGCGCGGGCUGCCGGGAUGAACGGCACGAUCUGCUGAAAGCGCGCGGACCAUGGACACUUGCCCGGAACAGCGAGCCGCGCUGCGUGCCAAAAUGAGCUUUCCCCGGCAGAUCUGGAUGAUCCUACAGAUAGUCCUCGUCACUAUCACAGCAAUAUCCACACAAGAUGUGAGCAGUAAAGAAAUGACUGACAGCAGGAGCCCUGUGCCUUUCCCCGUCUUCCUGCCCGUCAACUACGAGGUACGGGAUGCUGACUAUCUCUUUCUUAAGGAGGCCGGACAGGACUUCAUGAGGAACUCCAGCAUGCAGAGUCACACACAGCCCUUUGUUAUUUUAAGAGCCAGCCGCCAGCCAGCUGUCAGUGCCAGCUAUGGAGCCAUGUCCACAGAGAGGCUUGUGCCGCUGGAUUUGAUGCAGUCUGUGCAGCUCUUCAAUGCUCCAGACGUCUUUACGUUCAACUGGAAAAUCCAGGCCUUUGUGCUGACGCCUUGGGUAUUCUCCUCCAAACCCAAAGUGCGCGUCCUCUUCUAUGUAGCAGGGAGAGAUUGGAGCAAAGAGGAGGGAGCUGUGGAUGAGCUGCCAUGUGUGACAGUGUAUGGUUUCUGGCAAACUCAGGAGGUGAGGGCUUCCUGUGCCAUUGGAGGAGAGAGGGGAACCUGCAUGGCUGAGCUGGUUCCUGUGCUGGGCUGGUUUGCUCUGGGGUCAGAUGGCACCAGCAGAGAAAGGCAGGAUCCAUCUAUGGGGAACCCAGUGGAGCUGUACUACCAGGCUAAGCCCAGAGUCAACGGAAGGUGUAGUUUUGUGAAUGGAAGUCGAUGGAGUGGAUCACAGCAGCAGGAGCCACAGACUGAGAACGUUCCCGUCACGCCCAUGCAGAGGAUUGGGAGCGUGCAUCUCCUGCAGGUACCCAAGGGAAUGGCGACGCUUUCGCGGCUCAAGCUCGGCAAUGCCAUCGUCAUCCGGACGUCCUCUAAACCUCUGAAGAAGACGGACAUCGCAACUUUCUACAUACUGAUGGCCAGCUCUGCACAGCUGACCAACUUCACUCUCAGAGCAUCGGUAAAGAAAGGUGUGACCUUUCGGACAGCGACGCCCAGCAACUCCUUACUGUGGGACAUCACUCUGGAUAUGGGUGCAGAUGGAGCCAUUGCUGUGGUUUGUCAGAGAAAGGCCCCCAUUCUCGGGAAAAGGCUUGAAAGCAGCCUGCUGGAGGUACUUCAGAUGGACUUUGAGGUUGAGGAGCUGAGCAGUCCUGUUGACAGUCAGGUGAUCAUAUGGAAGCUGGAGCUACCAUCUGUGCCCAAAACCAUAGCCAAGAUAGAAGGAGCCAUGAGGAUUUAUACAACCCAGAGAGACUUUGUUGGCCUGGCUCCUCUCGUAAUGGACACAGAGAUCCUGAACACAGCUGUGCUGACUGGAAAGAAGGUGGUGAUGCCUGUGAGGACGGUAGCUGUGGAGGAAGAUGGAGCAAUCACAGAUGUAUCUGACUACACAGACUGCAGCACCAGUGAUGAAGAUGUUCUCAAGGUGUCAGACAGAUGUGACUAUGUUUUUGUAAAUGGCAAAGAGACCAAAGGCAAGAUGAAGAUGACAGUAAACUUCACCUACAGCUACCUGAGCGCUCAGCUUGAACUGAACGUUUGGAUGCCUCGGCUCCCCCUACAGAUCGAGCUGUCAGACACAGAACUGAGCCAAAUCAAAAGCUGGAGGGUACCAAUCCUGACCUCAAAAAGAUCUGCCUGGAACAGUGAUGAAGUUGAACGGAAGGGCAAAGGCUGCAUGCUACAGCUUCAGCAUGCCCUUGUGCGGGUGCUAACUUAUUUUGUGGCUGAGCAGGAAGAUCCACGAGAUCCUACAGCCUAUUUUCUGGGCCCUGAUUGGCAGGCGGACGUCACAAGGUUGGUUCGAUACUUCAUGAAGGUGGAGGACACUCGAAUUGCAAAGCUGCAGGAAGGAACUGUGCUGUCAGGUCGCGAUUUUGGGACCACAUCCAUCCAGGUGUUUUCGCCGCUGUCUGAUGUCAUCUUGGCUAAGACAACUGUCAGAGUUGUGGAUGAUAAAGUUAGCAUUACAGAAUUAGGAGUCCAGGUGGUUGCUGGCCUCUCCAUGACCUUACAACGAAGUUCAGGAAGCAGCAGGGCCAUCUUGGCAACAACAAUGACUCAAGAGGUGCUACAAAACCCAAAACAGAAUGCUUUAGUCAGUUCCUGGAUACAGUUCAGUGAUGGCAACCAGACACCUCUUGACAUUUAUGAUCCAGCUUUCUACCGUAUGACAGUAACAUCUCUAGAUCAGGGAGUGGUCUCUGUGCUGGGCAAACCUCCAGUUGUGGCGGCAGAGGGAGAGGGGGAGGGUGUCCUGAUUAGGGUAGAGAUGUCCAUCUGUGAGGCCUGUCAGAAGUCCAAACGCAAAAGUAUAGUGGCAGUGGGCAACGGUAGCCUUAAGGUCAAAUUUCAAGUGAAUACUUGGCGGCCAGGGAGCAAUACCCGCAGCCUUGACCAAAGCCCUGUCGGCAAAAGCAGUGAUUAUGGGAAUGAUGGGGAAAACUUGGACAACAAAAGGAAGCUAGGGAUGCCAUCUCAGUUUCUCCCUACAAGUAUCUCAAACUUCAAUAAAGAGGAGAGCGCUGUUCAGAGGAUCCCAACCACCAUCAAGUCUACAGAAAAAACCAUUAUAGCCAGUGGCAGUCUUGGAGGAGUAGGUAAAACUAGCAUUUCACAAAAUGCUGGUAGUGCAACCAGUAUGGGGAACAUCAGCAUUUUUAGCAGCCCCAGAGAUGGCAGCAAAGGAUACAACUCAGAUAAUACAAUAGUGGAAGAUAUGAGUAAUGUUGGCUUUAUUAGCACUGUGAAAGCUCCUGGGAAUCUGGUAAACUACAAUUUUCCCACCAAGGUUGGGGUCCCUGGGCAAGGGACGGUGGUAGAAAUUGGUGGUGAAGAAGCAAUGGCUAACAGACCUCUCACAGACUUAGAGAUUGGCAUGUAUGCUUUAUUGGGGGUCUUUUGUCUGGCCAUUCUGGUGUUUCUAGUAAACUGUAUCUCAUAUGUUGUUAAAUUCCGGCACAAGAAGCCUUCCUCCCAUAGUCAAGAGCCAACAGGGCACAGGCAUGACUGGGUGUGGCUCGGCACAGACGCUGAGCUGGUGAUGACCGUGCCAUGCAGUCCGUUGCACCAGGACUCCCAGACAACAACCACUGUGAUAGACAUUGGGCCUGAUAAGACCACUUCUCUUUCCAGGAGGCCCAGUUGCUUGGCUCCUGUGACAGAUUCUCCACUUGGCUGUUCAGGCUCUAACAGAAACAAAUCCAUGCAAAGUGAGUCAAUCCACUCACCCACCAGCAAAAGAAAGAGAGUUCAGUUCACCACAUUCUCCACGCUCGAGCGCCAGCAUUUGCCACACCUUCCACCCAAAGAAAACGGCCAUGGCAUCCACUGGGUUGGAAAGGAGGACAAUAGUGGGGAGGAACCUCAAGUGCCCAUAAUAAAGCCAGUGGACCAGUUAUAA